AUGUCUUUCCACAAGCCAACUGGUUUCGAUUCCGUCACUUCAGGCCUCAAGAGGUUGCAAGAGGGUGCCAUCCCCACCGACUUCAUUCUGGAGUCCUCGUCGGGCAAGACCUGGAACGUCCACAAGGCGGUCCUCUUGAUGCAAUCUGACGUGUUGUUUCGCAUGGUUACCGCAGAGAACUUCGCCGAGUGCCAAAACGGCCGCGUCGUCCUCGAAGAUGCCGCAGAUCCUUGCAUCGACGUCCUCGUUGCCUACAUGUACAGCCUGACCGUCAAAAUCGACACCUGCAUCUUGUAUUUCGAAGGCGUCGAAGACGUCGAAGCAAGCAAGGCCGAGACACGCAUCCUCAUCGGUCUCUGCCGCCUGGCCGAUCUAUACAACAUCGAGCCUGUCUUCGACUUCGCGUACUUCAGCAUCAUGGGUUGGUUCAUCUACAGUGACAUCGACCUCAUUGAGAUCGUGCUAGACACCUUUGCGGAGUUCAACACGAUCCCAGAGAGUCUCUGGGAGGCUGUGACGAAGGAGACGGCGUUCUUCUUGCAUCACAAGGAGCAGAUCGACAUGGAGCGGGUUCAUGCGAUGAUGAAGCGCAUCCGGAGCUUGCGGUGGAUGUGUUGA